GGCUUAUCAUCACGUCCUGGCUAUACUACCUCAUCAAGUAACACCUCCAAUUCUACACGUUCUUCCAACACCCCUCAUCCUUCACACCGCCCAUCUCCAUCAAUCUCUUCAUCAACGAGGAUGAACACAUCUAUCCGAGAAUCUGAUGAGUUUCCCAACGGAUCACUUACCUCUGUAUCGUCAGUUGUGCAAACUGAAAGAAACAAUACUGAUACCUUAAAUGGACCCGUCGGCAGGCAAGGUGUCCACCAUGGGUCAAGCUCUGGGCCAUCAAAUUUGUCAUGGGCUGCUCUUGCCUCUUCCUGUCCUUCACCGCCCGUUGCGUCAUUGCCCGAUGUAGUCAGCAGGCAAGGUGUUCAUCGUGUACCAAGUUCUGGCUCAUCCAAUUUGACAUGGGCUACUAUUACUCCCUCCUGUUCUUCACCGCCAGUUGUGUCAUUGCCUGACAUAACUAUGCGUCCAGGACUCCUUGACAAUACAUUUGAGCCACCAAAUUCAGAUCUGGAUACUAGGCCGCAGGCCGCAAGACGCACUACCCAUUCAGAUGCCAGCUGGAGAUCCAUGAGCUCUGCCCGUAUGUCAGCAGGCACUUCUGUGUCAUCCUCUGUGCUUGGAGACUCCAUCUCUCACUUCUACGCUACUGACAAGGAACGACACUGGGAUGCCUCAAAUCCAAUCCAGGACCAUAACCCAUCGCCUUCUCACUCGAUUGACAGAUACCAAGAGGCUGCUGUGCGCGCUAGAUCAGUUAUUGAAUGCUCGCAUAACUUAGGUAUGGCUUUUAUGUUUAAUUUUUCCCUGUUGUUUACAAAUAUUGCUAGUGUACUCGACGAGGGAAAUAUGACAGUAUGCCCUGGUUGUGAGCGUUAG